AAGUAUCCCGGGUCAAAGAGUUGUGGGAGCUCAGGGCUGACACCUCCUGUGCCCUGCAGGAGCCAGCAGGACAUGAAGAUCAUAGACCUCCCCUUUCCUCCUCUUCCUGCUUGCCUCGAAUACCCCCACUACAGCUGUGGUGGCUCUUGGACUCUGACUCCCUCAAGGACCCAAUCUGGAAAGAUGCAGGCUGGUGGUGCCUGCCACCCAAGUUGGAGGCUGAGGGUGUGGGGGUGAGUGGAAGGCUUUUGUGUGUGUGCCUGUGGCACAGCCUGUAAAUGAGCUCCCACACCUAGGGUAAGGUGCAAGGAACUAGCUCCAGUUCCUGAACCACCUCAAGUAUAUAUACAAAGGCCCUUUUUAUGGGAAGGGACCAUAGUUGUGUGCCAGAACCCCAAAACCUGCCAACCUAAUCCUAAAUAGUUUGAGUGUCCCACACCAGCCUCCUAGCAGGUUUUAGAGUUGGUGGGAAAGGCUGCCUUCAGUUUGGAACUAGGGCCUCUUCUCUGAGGUCCAUUUUAACCAUCAUGCUAGGGCCUGGAGACUUUUAAGAGCUUUCUGGAAGUCAGGAAACCCCAGAGACAGCCAGGAGGUCCUAGAUACAGACUGAGGAGUAUCUAGAGGGUAUAGAGACCUCAAAGAUUCCUAACCUUCAGGCAAAUCCCUUAUUUGCCCACAAGCCCAGAGGCCUGGCCCAGCACUUGGCUCUUUCCUAGACACCCAAGGGGGUUACUUGGUUACUUGCCCUCUGCCCUUUCUUUCUGACCCUGCCUAGCCUCUGCCCGUCUACAAGCCUCCAGAGGCCUCAGCACCUGUGAGUCCAUUGAGAAGCCCUGGCCAGUCUGAGAGCCAGGCCCAGAAGGAGCAGUCAGCAGUGAGGUCUACCAAAAUCCCUUCUGAGGAAGACCACCAUGAGCCUCAGGAAGAGAUCAGCACAGACACAGAUGUGGGAGUCUCCUGUGAUGUCCCAGGGGAAACAGUCCCUGCUACAACUGCCCCUAAAAGAGUCCCCGCCCAAGGACUCUGGCCUCAAGGCAGCUCCAAGCACACAUACUCUUUAUGUGGGCCACCUAAACCCCCAGUUCUCUGUGCCCGUGCUUGCCUGCUUGCUUCGAGACACCCUAGAGCGGCUGGAGCUGCCGGUGGCCCGUGACCAAAUCGAGGUAGUGAGGCGGCCACGAAACACUUAUGCACUGGUACAGGUGGCUGCCCCCAAGGCAGUGCUGGCUUCCCUCCCCCGGCGCCUGCAGAUGGCCUUGGAGGAGCAACUAAUCCUCAAAGAGCUCACAGCCCGUGGCAAGGAGCUAGUGUUGAGUGAGGGCUUGGAGUCCCUACACCACAGGGAGCAGGAAGACAGCGGUCCAAGCCCAAGCUACAGCCCUGGCCCAAGCCCUGGCCCCAGCCCUGGCCCCAGCCCAGGCUUCAGGCACCCACCAUUGCCCCAACUGGCAGACCCUCCCCCUAACUGGGGCUCAGCUGGGCGUCGGCAGAUCUCUCAGAAUCGACCCAGUGGUGUGCGCUCUGACAGUGCCAUUGUGCACCAGAAGAUCCUGGGCCAGGAGCAGCUAUUCCAGGGUGCCUUCCUUGGCAGUGAAACACGGAACAUGGAGUUUAAGCGAGGCGGUGGUGAGUACCUGAGCCUGGCCUUCAAGCACCACGUGCGGCGCUACGUAUGUGCCUUUCUCAACAGUGAGGGUGGCAGCCUGCUGGUAGGUGUCGAAGACAGUGGCCUGGUGCAGGGGAUCCACUGCAGCCAUCGUGAUGAAGACCGUACACGGCUACUGGUAGACUCUAUCCUGCAGGGCUUCAAACCCCAGGUCUUUCCUGAUGCCUACACCCUCACCUUCAUCCCUGUCAUAAGCACAACCACGACCAGCACGCCUCUCAAGGUACUCCGCCUGACGGUGCAUACCCCCAAGGCCCAGGGCGAACCACAGCUGUACGAGACAGACCAGGGGGAGGUCUUUCUAAGGCGUGAUGGGAGCAUCCAGGGCCCACUGUCGGUUGGCGCCAUCCAGGACUGGUGCAGGCAGAAGUGGACAAUGGAGCUGGGCAAGCUGGAAGAGAAGGUGAAGGCAUUAACGCUGGAAAAGGAGCAGCUUCAGGAGCAGUUGAGGCAGCGCCAGCCACUGUCCUGCAGCUGCUGUGUCCUGUGAGGAUAUGAGGAAGAUGUGGGCUAAGACUUGGAAUAAAACAUACCUGGGCCACCUCCUCUCCCUCAGCAUUGCACACACAGAAGCCAUGUGGCUUCACCUCAGAGUGGGCACAGUAACACAGCUAAUAAACAGCUCUUGGCACAUCCUCA